AUGGGAUGUAAUAACUCGAAGACGGAUGAAAAUACACGAGAUAGAUGGAUUUUCCCUUGUUGGAUAAAGAGAAACAAGGUCGCAUCAAUCAACAUUCCUACUCGAGGGGAGGUCGCGACAUCGCUAGAAUUGAGUGUUACUCUGAACGCAAUACGUAAAACAGAACAGACAGCUUUGAUGCAACUGAAGGAGCAGGGAGUUGUCCCCAGGAAGGGAGAGGGAGGAGUGGCUUUUGUAUUGCAAAUUGAAGGUGAAUCGGAAGCCACUUCGAUUUCUUCCACUCUCCCUGGUGUUCCAGAGUACAAAACGAAAUAUCCCCAGUACACCACAUACUCAUGGGAGGCGUGUCGAGCUGCAACAUACGGCCCUCCUCGACGACUUCCUCCAAUAAACAGAGCAUCUAUUGACGCCAAACAGGAACGGGCAAGACGCAACAGGGAAAAGAAGACAGCAGAGAGGAAAGCCAAAUGGGCCAAAAGCUACGCAAGAGUACAGUCAACCAUGCAGAAGUCAAAUGCAUAA